GCAACGCUAGCUCUCUGCUGCUGUCUCUGUUACCUUAGCCCUACAUCCAUACAAACAUAACUUACACACCUAUUUACACUUACAUGUCCUACAUAUAUGCAUUCAUAUAAACAUUAUGCAUAUAAUUAUCUAUAUUUUAGGGCUAUAUCUUGAAAGGAGGUUAGCUAUUCUCAAUUAAGAUUACCUGCCGUGCUAAAUUUACCGGUUUAGAUAUUUUGAGUAAAUUCGAAAAAAAAGGGCGGUCCCCUCUCUCCCCUUUCAAAAAGUGAACUUUGGGAAAAACACCCCCGUAUACCUCCUAUGCUCUCCCGAACAUGAAGGACAGGCUCCAAUCAUCGACGAGCUUCGAGUUCAUAAGAUUUAGUCUCGAAGAGCCUUCUGCUCCUUCUCCUUCUCCUUCUCCUUCUCCUGACCAUGACCAGCAGAACCUGUCCGUAGAGAGGGAUGCCUUCUGGAGCUACUGCGGUCCCUUGCUUUCCACCUUAGAUGACCUCCCGGCUAGCUUCCACGACUGGACCCGUGCCGCGCUGUCCGGGUCCUUGCUUCCGCUGCUGCUCCCCUUCCUCACCUUCGUCAACAAGUUCAUCCGCGCGAAUGGCCUCGACCACUACUGGCUCACCAUCCGCGCGACGAAAGCGACCACGGAAUACAACAAGCCCCGAUGGCACACGGACGACAUGUUCUUCAGCAGGAGCAGUAGUAAUAGUAGUGGUGGGAACAGCGGCGGCGGAGGCGUCUGGGGUCGGAGAAGGUCGCUAGUGAUGGGGAGGGAAAACGCAGAGCUGGACCUGCAGACGGACUGGAAGUUAUGCGCCACGCUGCUCGGUCCCGCGACCAUGUUCAUCCCCGCCGAGCACCAAGCAGCAGCACGGGCGACGUCGCGCUCGACGAAACGCGCGCUAGCUACGGAACACGUCUGCACCUCAAUCCGGUGUCCUGGAUGCGGGGCUACCGCCGAAGCGAUCCGGGAGAAGCUCGCGGAUGAGUUCGCCCCCUUGGGUCUGGUUCAAGCGGCGCCGGGUGAGUGCAGCGUAUUCCGCAUCGGCCAGGAGCGCGGAGCUGUGCACUCGGAGCCCUGCAUGAGCAAAGGAGACCGGAUAUUCGUCAACGUCGUGCCGGGCAAGGAAGAUGAGCUAUCCUCCCUUCUAGCCAAAUGGGGAAUGAGUUAUCCAAGGUCAUGGUUUAUCGCACCGGGCUUUCUACGUGGCCAUGGAUUAACAUGAUUUAGGUAGUGAGGUAUAUGCUUAGGAAUUAACAAGAGUUUAAUAAUGUAGUAAAUUAAGCAUCGGUGUUAUUACGGGCCCUAUUAAGAGGAAAGGAAGAUUUGCGAUGAGAGUAGGAGACAUAGAUCAACCGAGAUCGAAAGGGGGGGAGGGGAG